AGAAGUUCUCCCCUCUCUACCCGUUCCGAUACUCAAUAUUCGUCGUCAAACGCCCUAUAUAUACCUCGACAACCGGUUAUAUUAGCAGGAAGAGCUCUUUAGGCCUCAACACUUGCCAAAAUGGAUCUUUCUAACAUCUUUCGGAUUGUUAACAUCGCCGUCGGCGUGUUGAUGGUUCUCGGUGGUAUCUCGCAGUUCUUCCCUCCGUCUAUGAGCUCCAUCAUCGUCGGCAUCUACGUGAUUCUCUUUGGUCUCAUUGUCGGUGGAUUGGAAUUCCUGCCCAACGUUCCCGAUUACGUUUACCGCUACGCGUCCUUCCUUUUCUCUUUCCUGGGACGUGGUGCUUUCUACAUCUUCGUUGGAUGUAUCCUGCUGCACGAUCACGUUUUGCGGUACAUUGCCGGCUCCAUCAUCGGAUUCAUCGGCCUGGGCUACCUUGCCCUGGAGUUCAUUCCCUCCAUCGAGCCCCCUUCCAACAUGCGUGAGAACGACCAGGGUUGGGGCGCCGAGCAGGUCUAAACGCGGUGUGAAAUCUGUUCUUUGUUAACGGAGUGAUGGUGUAUGACGCAUAAUCCUUUGUGUUCUCAGAGUUGGUUAUCGUCUGCGAUCCCUCUCGCUGACAAGUACAUGCCACCGUGACUGCAAACGAGGCGUUCGAAGCACGAGUGAGAGUCAGGGAAAGCGAAAAUAACUCUUAUGCGAUGUUUGAUGAUCGACGAGCGCGACGAUUGAUUCUCAGCGAUGAUUGACGUGAUGGUGGUUGCAAAGACAAAAGGAUCAGGUUUGGGCCGGGUUUUCCGGCCAGAAGAUGACACCGAAUCAUUCUACAUCACGUUAUCUUUUUCCUUUUCUCAAAUGGUGGAUGUUUGCAUUGGAGAAUUUUAUAGGUCUAGGCUGUCCUGUGGGGCCAGUGGUCCGUUCGUACCGGAUGGCGCUGUUUCAUGCCCAUUAGUUUUGUAUAAUAAGUAGUAGAUGAUAUAUAAUAAAUCCUAAGCCGAAGUCUGACGUGGA